AACACAGGAAGAACAUGCUGCUGCUGGUGAAAUACCAGAGUCGUCAAGUUUAGUGUAUUAUUAAUGACUUUCUCGGACUUUAUGAGUGCUCCUAAACAUGGCAUGGGAUAGUUUUGUUAACUUUGACAGCAUGGUUUCGCUGUCAUGGCUGUCUCUACUGUCGCAUGUAAACAUUGCAGCUCUGCUAGUCUUCCUGCUGGUGUUUUAUUUAGUUCACGUUUAUCACAGACGACAGGACCUCGUUAACAUCCCUCCAGGUCCGAAACCCUGGCCUUUAGUCGGCAACUUCGGCGGGUUUCUCAUCCCCUCCUUCAUCCUGAGGAGGUUUGGACUGCAACCAGACAACACCGGCACAAACCCCGUGGUUCUGUUAACAGAAAGGGCCAAAGUCUAUGGUAACAUCUACAGCAUCUUUGUAGGGAGUCAGCUGAUGGUUGUGCUUAAUGGCUAUGAAGUGGUGAAGGAUGCUCUCUCCAACCAUCCAGAGGUGUUCUCAGACAGACCUGAUGUUCCUGCUAUCACCAUCAUGACUAAACGCAAAGGAAUAGUCUUUGCACCUUACGGGCCAGUGUGGAGAAAGCAGCGCAAGUUCUGCCACACCACCCUCCGAAACUUUGGCCUUGGGAAGUUGAGUUUGGAGCCUUGCAUCCUGCAAGGUCUGGUGACCAUCAAAACAGAGUUGCUGCGACUGAAAGAGGACUCUAGUGCCGCCGGCGUGGACCUGGCCCCGCUGAUCAUUAACGGCGUGUCAAACGUCAUCUGCACGCUGAUCAUGGGACAGCGUUUCCACCACGAAGACCGCGAGUUCCGCAACUUGCUGGACUUGAUGGAUCGUGGGCUGGAGAUCUGUGUGAACAGCCCCGCGGUCCUCAUCAACAUCUUCUCACUGCUGUACUACUUGCCUUUUGGGGUCUUCAAGGAGUUACGUCAGGUGGAAAGAGACAUCACCGUGUUUCUGAAGAGGAUUAUUGCAAAGCACCGUGAGACAUUAGAUCCUGACCACCCCAGGGAUCUUGUAGACAUGUACUUGAUUGAGAUGUUGGCCCAGCAAGCUGCUGGAGAGGAGGACAGCAGCUUCACAGAAGAUUAUCUCUUUUAUAUAAUAGGAGAUCUCUUCAUCGCCGGCACUGACACCACAGCCAAUUCAGUUUUGUGGAUUCUGCUCUACAUGGUCUUACACCCUGAUAUUCAAGACAAGGUCCAGGCAGAGAUCGAUGAAGUGGUGGGCACACAUCGGGUCCCGUCUUUGACUGAUAAGGGAAGUUUGCCUUUUACUGAAGCCACCAUCAUGGAGGUGCAGAGACUGACUGUAGCGGUUCCUCUGGCUAUUCCUCACAUGGCCUCCGAGACAACAGAGUUCAGAGGCUACACUAUUCCCAAGGGAACAGUUGUUGUGCCCAACCUGUGGUCUGUCCAUAGAGAUCCGACUCAGUGGGACGACCCAGACAGUUUCAACCCAGCACGCUUCUUAGACGACGAGGGAAAGUUGGUCAGGAAAGAAUGCUUUAUACCAUUCGGGAUUGGUCGCAGGGUGUGCAUGGGUGAACAGCUGGCGAAGAUGGAGCUGUUCCUGACGGUCACCAGCUUACUGCAGGCCUUUGAGUUCAGACUACCAGAGGGAACACCACCUCCUUCCCUGAACGGGCGAUUUGGCCUGACGCUGGCACCCUGCCCGUACACCGUGUGUGUGAGCCCUCGUAGGUGAAGCAGUGGAGUAUUUGGUUCUAACAGAAUUUCUGUAAAUCAAGGACCAUUACCAACCAAGAUGUGGGUAAAAUUCUCCUGUAGAGACGCUGUAAUCUGUGCAAAAAUAGAAAAAGUAUGUUUUGAUUGGAAUGUAGCUCGUUUUUUAGUCCAUGCAAUUUCAGUGCAAUGGGAAAUACCCAUCAGAAAUGACCACAAGCCAAAGUGGUGUCUUGGGUAUCAAAUGUACAAUGCUAUGAUCCAAAACAGCUGCUAAUCAUCUCAUUUAAGAAGCUCAAACCAGAAAAUGUUUCAUAUAUUUACUUGAUAAUCAAGUAAUAAUUAAGGUCUAUUAUUAAAAUUCUGCAGAUUAUUUUUUUAAUCAGCUCAAUCUUAAUUAAUAAGGUCAGUGUUAUAUAUAUAUACCAGAUGCCUUUCAUUUUGAAAGACACCGGCUGAAUAUCUGUUACUGUUUUAUGAUGCGUGCCACUAAUUUAUAGACUUUAGCACACAUAUAAUUAUGUACUUUAUGAAGGCAUUAGGAAAAGAAUGGAGUAUUGGCAACGUGUCAAUAAAAAGAGUUUAUAUUAAUAAUAAUUACUUCAAUAUAUCAUUAAUAUAUUUUGGUUCUAUUUCUUUUACCCUUCAAUGUUUUUGUUUGAAAUUCUUGAGUUUUUUUAGGGUGGUAUUGUUGAAAAAUAUGAGAUAUUCUUUUUUUUAAAUCAGUGGUUCAGUUUUAACAGUGGAAGGAAUAGUUGGCUCAAUGCCAGAAACGUUGUUACUGACACAUACAUGAAACUUGAAUAUCAUCAUUUAAAUCUCUUUUUUUCUGAAAGAAUAAACUGAUCCCAAAUCGGGA